ACUUAGGCUGCCCAGUCGGUCCUGGCUCUCUGUACAUCUCUGUCGCGAAACCAACGUUCAGCCAACUUGAUUGCAGCUGUUCCGAUCGCGAAUCGCUCCUUGUCACUUGCGCGUAGAGCACGCAGCAAUCAUCAGGAGAAGUCCAGUACAAGCGAGCUUGUAGGUUUCCCCAGAGAUAGUAUGUCAUAGCGAGGGAGGGUCUGCUCACAUAUCGCUCAGGCAGGUAGUGCGAUGGCCUCUGAUCAUGACUCAGACCAACUUCUUCGCAUACCGUCGCCCCUUCCCGAGGAUAUUUUGCGGCACUUGCCUACUCGGAACCACACAGCUAUGCGUGACUGCUUAUUCAAAUUGCAAUACCUGAUCAAUGCAACUGCGGCGGUGAACAGGCUACCGGUCGAAUUGCUCACGGAAAUUCUCAGACUGCGACUCGUAUGCGCACAGUACCCUGUUCUGAAUCCGAAACCGUCGCUCGUAACUGUGUUGCUCGUCUGCCGUCAUUGGUACAACACCGCGGUCUCCUCUGCGGUCCUAUGGACCGAAAUAACGCUCAAAAUGCCACUUCAAAUUCUCGAGAGAUACCUACACCGAUCCCGCGGCGCUGCCCUCUCACUUGACACGCGGUUCAUCAAUGCAAGUGCUCCUCAACCCGCCCUUGAGGAGGCCCUGUCUCCGCAUCUCGAGAGUCGAGUCACGCACAUGGAAACAUGUAGUUUCCAUCCCUACGCCGAGCAUCGCAUGAUGUCCUUGUCUUGCUUGACCUUGGAUGAUUCAAGCCCUGCCACGCAGCACCGCUCUUCGUCUCCUCAGUCUUCGGUUGUCUCUAUCCACGGUGACUGCCUCCCACAGCUGGAGUCCCUGACACUUGUCGAGCUCAGGACAAGAGUACGCAUCGUCAAUGCGCGCUGUCUCACGCGGCUCGUACUCGAUGAGAUGUCCUAUGACAGCUGGGACGGACUAUUCAUCUCGCUCAGCGGCUGUCCAUCUCUGGAGUAUCUCGAGUUCGUCAAGUUCAGUGCUGACUCUAUGGCCGUCGUCACACCAGCAGGCCGCCAGACCAUAGAGUUGCCGCACCUCCGGGAGCUCAAUCUUUCAGAGUUCGAGGGACACAGGAGUCUGUCCUUUUUUCUCGCACAUCUCGCCCUUCCGCGUACUGCUACUAUCACCAUCACCAUGUGGAAGGGACCCAUCGACCGUGACGCCAUGGACGGCUCGGGUGUCAUCGUCAACUUAUCGCCCGGAUACACAAUGUUCGCUGACGCUGUUCCCCAGGACAAGACGCUUCUCCCUAUGUUCUCUGCGAUACAAAAGAUCAAGGUUGGGAUUAACCGGUUCCGUGUGGAGGUCGAGGGCUUCUUGCUAGCGGAACUAGACCAUACUGGUAUCCACGAACCCUCGGUCGGCUUGUAUUGCGACUUCGACAACAAUCACAACACGAGAUCCCUCCAGAAGCAGCUCAUGAUCGAGCUAGGAUUAUUAUUCCCAUCUGCGACGACACUAUGCAUCCGUAUCACGGACGAUGAAUGCUACGAUAUGCGGCUAGAUCCCACUGGCAUCGAGAGCUGGAAGAGCUUAUACGAUAUGUUCCCCCACAUCGAGGCGAUUGACUUUGCCGGUCCAUCCCUGGGGUUCUUCGACGAAUUCCUAUCCGACAUUGGUCCCACACCACUGCCGCAGCGUGCACAUCAUGCUCCGCUCCCAUGGCCGAAGUUGAAACGUGCACGCUUCGAGUGCGCCGCUAUGAACAGCGAUGCAUACGACAUCAUACGCGGCAUUACUACCUCGAUCUGCAAUCUUGAGUGCUCCUGGUCAUUUUCACGUAGCGCUACUUAUAGGAUCGAGACAAACCCCGCCACACUCGCUAGCGCUGCCUGGAGGGUCUUUACUCCGAUCUGAAGGUCAAACGGCAGUCAGUUAUGGUGGAGAACCCGCUCAUAUAUUCGUCGCAGGCAGUGCAAUGCCCCCACUUGCUCAGAACAGUUUCGCGUACCGUCGCCCCUGCCCGAUGAUAUUCUGCUGCGCAUGCGAGACCCUACGGCUAUACGGGGCUGCCUACUCAAGAUGCAGUCCCUCCUCAACUCGACCGCACAGGUUAACAGGCUGCCUGUCGAGUUGUUCACGGAGAUAUUGCGACUUGUACGGGCUCCUUAUCCUUCGAGAU